UCGCUCGCAGCCACCGGGUUUUUCAGGGAAAGUAAUUGCGCACCUGGUUUUCCAAACCCACGUUCCCUCCGGGACUCCGGACAUCCUUAUAAAAAACGGAAGAAGAGCCACCGAAGAAGAAGAAGAAGGAAGAGCCCAACAACAAUGGCUACCUUCAUCGUUCGCAGAUUCACAACAAAGCUUAUCAGACCCUGUCACUCUUCCUCUAAGCCUUUUACCUCCGCUUCUUGCUCUCCCUCUGACACCCAUUUCAGAGGCAGAAAGCUCUCCGUACCAGACUACUCGAGCCCUAUAUCUGGUCGAUCCCAUUUGAUUACUUCUCUCUUUGAUUCUACCGCGCCUUGUAAGUCCCUUAAGGCGCCAUUAGAGAAACCCCUGAACAAUGAUCCAAGUUUCUUCAGAUUUUACUCAAGCUCUGCAACUAAGUUCAACCCCUCUCGUCAUUUGACGGAGAUACCAAGAGACCCUAUUACUGGACUCAGAUUUUUCUCAACACCUUCUGAUGAUACGAACUCGGAGAAAAUCAAAUACCCUAGUCAGAACUCUGAAUUCAAAAACCAAGAGAUCCAAAGCCCAACGGUUGAGCGCGAUCUCUCUGCUCUUGCUAAUGAGACCAGACAAGUGUUAGAAGGACUUAUGAGGAGCAUCUUUGAUUUAAGCAGAACCGUUGCUCUUCUGGGUCUUGUCCAGCUCGGCUGUGGAGCUUGGAUCUCUUACAUUACUCGAUCUUCCCCAAUUACAGAGGUCUCAAUUCAGAGUCUUGUGGCUCUUGCUUUCCCCUUCUCUUUGGCAUUCCUCUUGCGGCGAUCACUGAAGCCAAUGUGUUUCUUUAGGAAGAUGGAAGAACAAGGACGGUUGCAGAUUCUGACUCUAUGUCUUCAGAUAACUAAAAAUGUUAAUAUCUUCUUUGUGCGAGUACGUAGUGUUUCCUUGAUUUGUGCUGUAGGCAUGUCGGCUGGGUUACUGUAUACUGCGGUAUCAACAUGAAUUAUUAUAAAGAGUUUACAUUGUAAAUUACAAUAUAUCUCUUUGCCCAAUUUUACUAAUAACGUCUUCUUUUCAAUUCAAAAGAUAUAAUACUUUCUGGACUUCAGUUCAAGUUGUAGAAUGAUUUCUUGCAACACAAUUGCUUCAGCUUCAGUGAGCAAAUCAAGAACCUCCAAAUCAACAGAAAAUACAACACAAA